AUGGCACUUCCUCUACCGCCACCUCGACCAGUGCAUUUUCUCUGGCUCUUCCUCGCUCACCUCCCUUCCCAAGGCGGACGAGGCACGCCGAACAUAUACCUCUUCAUCGUCACCCUCAACCGUGUGCUCGCGUACCAGUUGUCGGGGAAGGGGCACGGUGCCGCGCCCACGGUAGUCAGCGAGGUCGGCUGUGGACUGGGAUGCGUGACCGUUGACCUGCAUGCGAAGAAUAUGGUGGUGGCGAAGGAAGAGGCGAUCUUCAUAUGUGGGACUGAUAGCCGGGGCUCGUCGUAUGAAUAUGAAUGCGCUCUAAUCAAAUCUUUGUGUUGCAUCAAUCGCAUUAGCAUGGUUUACGCGCAAAACGAACAGCCCGUCGCACUCGACCCAAGGAUCCUCAUACAUAUGGAUCUUGCUGCAGAAUGCUGA